GUUUUUGGUUAAUUAAUUGAAUUAAUUCUAUGAUUUCUCAAGCCUCUAUUCUACAAAUCUAAGUAAAUGAAUUAUCUAGCGAAACUUUUAAAGGACCCUAUGACACGAAAUGUUUUAAGAUACUUUCCUGUUUUAAGGAAACAUAGGGUGCUAUCGUUGGAACGUUCAGUAUGUAGAAAUUUUUCACAGAAGACUGUGGAAACAAAUGAGGCAGAAGAUCGUCCUGUAAAGUAUUCAGCAAGCCCAGCUGCAAAAUUCAAGGCUAGGUCAUCUUUAAAACACGAAAAUGACAGAUUAUGGUAUGAACCCGGAGUCAUUAUUGCCAGCUUGAGUAUCUUUCUUAUAUACUUCCUAGUUUUAAGAGAAGAAAACGAUCUAGAUGAGGAAAUUUACAUGCCUUUCGAUCAGAGAAUUGCUCAUAUAGAGGAGGAUCAAUUAAGGUCGGUUGUUGAACAUAGCACAAAUAGUGAAGAAAUGGUUUCUGCUCUGAGAAGACUUGAGGAAAUAAAUAGCAAAGAUUUGAAAGAAUGAUUGUUGAAAUAAUCACUAAUUAAUUUUAUCCUAUGCAUGCCAGCCAACAUUUUCGAGUGAAAACUGCAUUAUUUUAGAACAAAGGUUGUAUGGGAUAUAGAGAUGAUGAUAUUGUUCAGCGAGAGAAAUGUGGUUGUUUGAUGAAAAUAAAUAUAAUUAUAAGAGAGAAAA